AUGCCCCCCAGAUGGGGUGGAUGUGGACUCCUUCCGCUCGCCGACCUCGCCGACGUCCUGUCCAUCGCGCACGUCUUCCGUAUGCUUACGGUUGGCGACGCGGCGGUCAGGGAGUUGGCGUGGGAAUCGCUGAGGGGAGUGGUGGGACGCAGGAUAGGCCACCCCCCUAGUUGCGAGGAUAUCGCCUCUUUUCUCUCCGGCUCGCUGGAGGGGAAACUGAGGGGGGGAGGGGAGGCUUCGCUUUGGUCUAGGGCAAGGAGUGCCGCGCUUCGUAUGUCCGAGAGGCUGUCCCUGCGGUGGCGGUGGGCCGAGGUCACGGGGGAGAUGAUCUUGGAGUGCCGGGGUCCCAGGGGCGUGGCAAUCAAGAUUCCGCCUGGUGCGCGCGCCCAGGUCGUGAAUCGGUUGCGCUCAGCUGUAGCAGAGCACUACGCGAAACGCUUGUUAGACAAACCCGAUCAGGGAAAAGUCUUCGAGGUGUCGUCGCGAUGUGGGGUGAGCAAUCACUUCAUCCGCGGCGGCAGCUUUACUCGCUUCGCUGACUGGCGCUUUAUCCACAGGGCACGCUUAGACGUGCUGCCCCUCAACGGCGCGCGGCGUUGGGGGAGCGGAGACAAGCGCUGUCGGCGGUGCGGUAAGGUAUCGGAGACUCUUCCCCAUGUGCUCUGUCACUGCGGCGUCCAUGCUGCCGCGAUACAGCUGAGGCACAAUGCUGCGCUCCAUCGGCUCUGGAAGGCUUGCCGUCUGCCAGGGGAGGUGCGAAUCAACCAGCGGGUUGAGGGCAUGCAAGGGGAACUUGGGGAGCUACGGCCUGAUCUCGUGGUCAGGCACGAGCAAUCCAAGAGUGUCGUCAUAUGCGACGUGACGGUGCCCUUUGAGAACCGUUGGCAGGCUUUCGAGGAGGCUAGGGCGAGGAAAAUUGCCAAGUACUCGCCUCUAGCUGAGGAGCUCCAGCGCAGGGGGUACCGUGUGGUCGUGACGGCCUUCGUCGUGGGUGCCCUCGGCUCGUGGGAUCCGAGGAACGAAGCGGUGUUGAGGCUGCUGAGGAUUGGCAACCAAUAUGCGUCAAUGAUGCGCCGCCUAGUUGUUUCGGAUGCCAUUCGCUGGUCUCGCGACAUCUACGUGGAGCAUGUGUCCGGCAUCCGCCAGUACCAGGCUCCUUCCCGUCCCUCUGGGGAUGGGCUCGCGACGCCGCCCCGAGCCGUUCGCCGACGCUGGCUCGCCGAGGAACGGGAACAUCAGGAUGCGGCGCGUCGCGGCUUUGUGGAUGCGAAUGUCGCGUAA